CUUGCUCCAUCUUAAUGUGAAUGUGAUCAAGCUCUACCCUUCUCUUAACCUCGCACUGUCUUCGUGUGUGUAACCUUCUGUGUUCUCUUCACAACUAACCCCGAGCCGUUUUUAUUUCAUUUCACGAAGGAAAUUUCAGCCGAUUUCAAUGGAAUGAAUAUUCUAUACAUGUAUUUGAUAUUUAUUUUUAUUCUAUAAUUGCAAAGUAGAUGUCAUCAAUGUUUUUUUCCUUUUCAAAUACUAGUACAUGUAUACACAUGAAAGAGAAAAUAUACAUUGAGGUAAAUCGAUAUAGUUGUACUAUAUGCGCCAUGAUGAUUUUUAUCGAUACUGCGCAGCAUUAAAAUAACACUAUGUAAAGUUCUAUUCAGUGAGCCUCCAGUAUUUUUAAACAUGAUACUUUACCCUAGUCAAAUGUCCCACACGAAUGCGCAGUCACCCGAGCAGAAAGAUUGUAAUUAGGGCGGGAAGCAAAUCGCCACCCAUGCUAUAGUAUUCCCGAGGACACCGAGGAGUAAAAUGAAUUAUCCGCGGACGUUCUUUCUUUUCCUAUUCCUUUUCCAGGUGGGGACGGAUGAAUGCCUCGGUCACAGUGAUGGCGUUAUGGGUGAUAUUCAGUUCAAGUGUCCUACUGAUUGCGUAUUCUAUCAAGGUUACUGCUACAGGAAGAUGACAGUCCCGAUGACAUGGGAGGACGCUAUGACAACCUGUUUACGAUCCGGAAUGUACCUCACCUGGAUAGAAGAUGACAUUGAAAACGAAUAUGUCGCGACCAAAGUGAUGUCAAAUAUCCCCCAGUAUUGGAUAGGCCUGUCUAAAACACCAACAGCAGGUCAAGAGGAAAUUGUGUGGUCUCAGCAUAGGAUGUCAGAAAACAAACCCAUCGCAUUGGUUGAGGGGCUAUGGAAAAACUUGCAACCGAUGGAAUUCACAGGCGAUUACCAAUGUGUUUCCACCUUGAAAGAUAAGGAAGACAACCACUGGACUGUAACAAACUGUAGAGAGAAGCUUCCAUUUGUCUGCAAGCUCAUGGGAGCACCUAACCCUCACGAUAUAAGAUUUUGUGGAAAUAGAGGCUACAUACAUAAGAAUUGGUUAUGUGAUGGACAGAAUGACUGUGGAGAUAUGUCGGAUGAAAAUAACUGUCCACAGUUCUGCUCUGAAUUAAGAACAGUAGAGAAGGGUGGAACAGGCUCAGUAACAAUGUCUACAAGUCAACCAACAUAUACAAACAAUGCCUUCUGUACCUGGACUAUACAGGCACCAGUUGGUGUUAGAAUUAAGGUCACAAUAAGUAGCACAUUUCACCUGGAGGAUAAUGCUGAUGUGCUCCGCAUAUGGACUGGGGGCAUAACGUUGAAAGAGAGUAAUUUCUUGGGGAGCUUAACAGGGAAUCUUCAAACACAGCAGGAAUUUUACUCCCAGAAUAAUUAUAUUAUCAUGCAGUUAAGCAUGGAUAAUUCUAAUGUCCGAGGUGGAUUCACUGCAGACUAUACAACAGUUGAUGAGACCAAAAUUUGGAAUGGAAUGAAACCACUAACAGCCAACAGUAGCUGGCAGACACUGGAAUCACUGCUGUAUGGCAAAGCUGUUUCAUUUGGGUUACAGUUGGAGUGGUUAAUAGUAGCAGAAUCAGAUAAUAUUGUAUCAUUGGAGUUCACAGAAGUGGAUCUUCCUACGAGCAGUUCCCUGAAAAUCUAUGAUGGAGAGGGUCUUACGGCACCUCUUGUUUUUUCAUUGGACAAAACUCCUGAAGAUCCCAUAUACAUUUCUCAGAAACAAUCUGUAAGAAUUGUGAUGUCAACAGAUCACCAUGAGUAUGCAAAGUAUCGUGGCUUUCAGCUCAAAUAUAAACAAGGCUGCACUCUGGAAUUGAAACAAGAAGGAACCAUUUAUUCACCUGGAUAUCAAGUGAACAGUUAUCCUUCCAAUGUGACUUGUACAUGGGUCCUGACACGAAACAGUGGAGAAACCAGACCUAUUUCCCUUCGUUUUUCAGAAUUUAAACUGAAGUCUGAUUCUGAUUUUAUAGAGAUCUACAAUGACACGGCAGGAACUGCUUUGCAUACAGGAAGUGGAUUGACGGGAACCAAUGCUAUUACAGAAAUAUUUAGUUCUACUGAUGGUCAUCUAAAUGUGACUUUCAAGUCCAAUCUGGUUUUGGUGGAAAAAGGAUUUAAAGCUGAAUUUUCUGUUGAUUGUCCCAUGUUAACACUGUCAGAGUGGACAAUCAAUUCAAAAUCAGAAAAGUACACAGCCUUGCACACAGUUAUCACUCUAUCAUGUAAGCCAGGCUACUCAUUUAAACAAGAGGAAUAUAACAGGAAGAGUUCUGUUGAUCUGAAGUGUUUACCUGGAGGAAAUUGGAAUCGACCCAGAAUACCUGAUUGUCAAAUUACAUACUGCAGUACCCCGCCAGCUGUUCAAAAUGGAAUAUUGAAAGAAGCAACAGGCCCAAAAGUGGGAGAUAAUGCAACAUACGAAUGCAAUGGAGGCUUCACUAUAGGUGGCUCACCUGUAAUACAGUGUAAGGAGAAUGGAAUGUGGGAGACAGCACCUCAAUGCAAUGCUCAACAAUGCAGUCCAAUAACUAAGCCUACUAAUGGAGAAGUAAAUACAACUGCUGGGAGUGGUACAGAAUAUGCCUCUGUGUUGAUGUUUAGCUGUGAUCCAGGAUAUGACCUCGUAGGAUCUGUAUACAUCCACUGCAAAUCAGACGGCAACUGGUCGCAUCCUGUCCCAACUUGUCAGAAGAUAAAAUGCCCCAUACCACAGGUAAUGUAUGGUAUGGUGGAGGCUAGUGGUGAUGUAGAGUAUGAAGGGAAGGCCAAACUCAACUGCAGUUCUGGAUUUAUUGUGAAUGGCACUAAUAGUUAUCAAAGAGAGGUCACUUGUGGGAGUGAUGGACUGUUUUUAGCUCUGGAUCCUUGUGUCAACAACGAUGAAUGCACAUCUAAUGAUCCAUGUGUUAGUUUUUCUAACAAUGAGUGUGAAGAUACCUUUGGUUCUUAUGUAUGUAAUUGUAAAGAUGGUUAUGGAAGACCACGAGCAACAGGACAUUGCACAGAUAUUGAUGAGUGCAGUAAUGAUAAUGGAGGAUGCAGUCAAAACUGCGAAAACAGCCCAGCAGGCUCAUUUCGCUGUGCCUGUGAUGUGGGAUAUCAGUUGUAUACAGAGGUGGGCUUCAAUAACAUCAGCUUGGCAGAUGGAGAAACUGGGACAAAAGCAGGAGAUAAAAUCAGAGUAAACUAUACAUGUGUCCGGGCUCAAUGUCCGACACCAAUACCUCCUACAAAUGGCAAGAUACUGAGCAACAAGCAAUUUUUCUACUACGAGGAUGAAAUAAUGGUGGAAUGUGACCAUGGCUACUUUCCAGAUCCUCUGAAGACUAAAUUGAAAUGUGACGUGGAUCAGAGCUUUGGGAAGUGGUCAACUGAUAUGACAAAUUGUACAAAGGGAACCUGUAUGACACCUACUCUUAAUUCAGAUCCUAAUUACAAUAAGAUUUUCCCAAGUGAGAAUUCAGCUGUUGAAUUUGGAACUGAAGUUAUCAUUGAGUGUAAAUAUGGAUCAAAAUUUCGGAACCUGUCCUUGUAUUGUGGAGAAAGUUCGCUGUCUAAGUAUGAUCUUCUUGGAGACAAUCUUACAUGUCCAGUGAUUGACUGUGGGACUCCAGAGCAGGUUCCUGGUGCCAAUCUGUACAGCUAUACCAAUACACUUUUUGGUAGUACAUUCAACUUUAGCUGUCAGUCUGGUUCAAUUCUUAGUGGAGAGUCAGUGAAUGGAGACUACAGAGUCACUUGCCAGGAGAAUGGACAGUGGAGUUUUGGAAAUCUCACAUGUACAGGUGGGCGUUGCACAGAUCCAGGCACACCAGGGGGAGCUUUUCAGGUAGUCAGGAGCUAUGAGGCUGGGGAAAUCCUUAGUUUUAGAUGUGAACGUUCAGGAUAUCAACCAGUGCCAUCAUCGCCUUUCCUGUGUGAAGAACGAGGAACUAACAAUGCCACUUGGAAUUCCACUACAUCACCAUUACCAAUGUGCACAGAUGUCACUCCACCAAUGUUCAAAAAUUGUCCUAAGAUCAUCUACAUUGAUAAAAUGGACGCUGUUAGUUUUGUUGUCCCGACAGCAACAGAUAACUCGGGGCUGGUGAAGAAUGUGACAGUGGAUCUUUCUAACUUCAAACCUGGAACAGUGAUAUCUAAUGAUACAAAUGUCACCUAUACAGCAGUGGACAACAGUGGAAACGUUGCAACUUGUACAAUCAGCUUCAUCCUCAAAGAUCGCCAGAGACCUGGAUUGAUUUGUAAUGCAGACAGACCAAUAAAACUCUCUAUAAACACAAUAUCCGGAGCUACAAUAGAUGUAUUUGACUAUGUCAGUAACAUUUCUGCGUUGAUAUAUGAGCCUGGUCGCUAUAUAACUGUUGACACAUCAACCCUUAGUGCUCCACAACAAGUUAAAGUUACUGCAAAAACUCGGUGGGGUACAGAAGGAAAUUGUUCGUUGCUGAUAUAUACCGAAGCUGAAGUCUGUUUUACGGAGAGCUUGUCACCUGUUAGCAAUGCCAAAAGAGGGAAUUGUCUAACUUCUGAUGGAAAUAUAACAUGUCCUUACACAUGUAACGAUGGAUAUGUUUACUAUGAUGGAAACACUACCAAGACAUACUCUUGCUCAGGAAAAAAUAAUUGGUCUCCCUCUUCUAAACCUGAAGACUGUUUACCGACUCAGUCUCCAUCCUACAAAGCAGAGUUUCAAGUGAAAUAUGCGAUCGGUACAUUAGCUGCACCAUGCUUAGAUGCCUUUGAGAAGUCUAUAGCUGCAUCUAAUCUUACAAUUGCUGGAAAGGUGGAUACUACGUGUAAUGCCUUGGAUGUAGGAAAGUUUGUGAUUAAAAGUUUCACAUCCACGUCAUCAAAUUUUGAGAUUGAUGUUGAAUUCAAAGGUGAAUUUCUUGGAAACAAAAGUGAUUUCAAUAGAAACCUCUGCACAAAUUUAGUGGCAGCAGUAUCAAGCAAUUUUCUACACUCAACAUCAGUGCAGUGUCCAUCAGAAACAGCAUCAGUGGGAAUCACAUCUGUGACAAAGACAGAUUCAGGAAAUAAAUGCUCGGAAAAUAUGAAUCUUAUAAAUACCAACUCUGGAAAUCAACAGUGUGUUCCAUGUCCACAGGGGAUGUAUUUCACUGCCAGCAGCUGUCGGACAUGUCCGGAUGGGCAGUAUCAAGACGCAGCAGGCCAGUCAAUGUGUAAAGACUGUCCAGCAAAUACUGUAUCUAGGGAUGAUAGAACUGGAUGUACAGCCCAAUGUCCACUGGGCUCAGUCUCAGAGGAUGGAAUGACUGGUUGUCAUCCCUGCAAAAAAGAUGAGUACUGGAUGAAUGCUACACAUUGUGAACCAUGUCCAGCUGGUUAUGUCACAGACCCUCUGCUAAAUGGAGCAACUAAUAUUGGAGAAUGUAAAGCUCCUUGUCCAGCUGGAAAGUACUCCCUGAAUGGGUAUGAACCAUGUGAAGUCUGUCCCCUUCAUCACUACCAAACAGAUGAGGGAAAAACAAUGUGUAGCGAAUGUUCACAGGACAAAAGGACUCUAACAACUGGCAGGAAUAGUUCCUCUGACUGUGACGUCUUUGAUCCAGCAGAAUGUAAUACAACAAAGAAGAACUGUGGAAAUGGAAAAUGCCACUUUCUAAACCAUGAAGCAGUUUGUGCUUGUGAUGAAGGAUACAGUGGUAAUUCAUGUGAAACUGCCCUUGAUGUUUGCCAAUCCAUGCCUUGUUUUAAUGGAGGAACCUGUGUUCAAGAUGGCAGCAGCUUUAACUGUACAUGCCCUUCAUUGACAAGUUGCAUACUGCAGGAAUGGAGUGGUAGUUUUGUUGUUGAUGAUGCUGAUUAUGAAAGAACACAAAAGAAGUCCCUCGCUCUCUGUAAACAAGAAUGUGAUCAAGACGAGAAAUGCAAAGCCAUGUACCACCUGCAAAGCUUUUGCUUCAUCAUAUACAAAGAUGUUUCUCCAAAAGCCUACGCCUCUGGAGAUUCUAAAUACUUUUACAAAAUCUGUAAUCACACAUACUUGUUUAGUGGUAAGCAGUGUGAGACUGACUUGAAUGAUCAGUGUAAACCAGACAGUUGCAGCUCACAUGGGAUGUGUCAAGACAAAGCAGAUGGUCAACCUGUCUGCCUGUGUCCUAUUGUUGGGGAAUAUUCUCAACCAAGAUGUGACUUGGUGCAGAAUCUGUGUUCACCGAACCCUUGUCAGAAUGGUGCUAGUUGUGUCUCCUGGGGUGCUGUCAGAAGACAGUGCAUUUGUAAAGCAGGUUACUCAGGAGUGAACUGUUCAGUGAAUGCAAAUGACUGUGAUUCCCACAGAGAUGGUUGUUUGUAUAAUGGUACAUGUAAUGAUGGUGUCGAUAGCUACACCUGUGGCUGCAGGUCUGGAUUCAGUGGAAGACAUUGCCAGGUCACCAAAAAUUUCUGUAGCAAUACACCAUGUCCAAAUGGUGGAUGUGUUAAUGACUACACAACACUAGCACCUAAAUGUUUCUGUGAUUACCCAUACCAGUUAGGAAGUAAUGGUAAAUGUGAGUUGAUGGAUUUAUGUAACAACACUGUCUGUAACAAUGGUACUUGUGACGCACAGACAGGAAAGUGUAGUUGCAAUCCUGGCUAUGAAGGUUCUUCCUGUCAACACAGUGAAGAUGACUGCAAGACUAUGCCUUGUAAAAAUGGAGGGAAAUGUGUAGAUGGACACCAAGACUACACUUGUGAGUGUGUCUUAGGAUUCACAGGGAAGAAUUGCGAUGAGGAUCCAAAUGAUUGUCCAGGAUCCUGUGACAUGACAAAAACAGCAGAAACUAAAGAUAAAAUCAAUGGCUGUGAAUGUGUUUGUAAACCAGGAUAUACCAGCAAUAACUGUUCAGAGGAGAUAGAUGAGUGUGCCAGCUUCCCUUGUAAACAUGGAGCCAUGUGCACUGAUCGCAUCAAUGGUUACCACUGUAACUGUUCAGAGGGCUGGAGUGGGACCAACUGUGACCAGCAGAUUGAUUUUUGUCAAUCCACAUCCAAUAAGUGUCUGAGCGGAGAUUGUUACAACUUAAUUGAUGAUAAAUACUGCAGAUGCAGCGCUGGUACGCGGGGUGACACAUGUGAAGUUAUCCCUGAUGUGUGCAGUAUUAUCUCCCCCUGUUCAACAACAGGCUCCUGUAAAAAUGUUAAUGGAACAGCAUCAUGUUCAUGUCAGACUAACUAUGCUGGAGAUUCAUGUCAGCUGAUAAAAGACUUCUGCACAGCAACCACUAAUUGUUUGUAUAACAGCAUGCCUAAUACAGGAACUUGUACCAAUCUGGAGAGUGGAGGAUUUGGAUGUACAUGUCAGUCAGGUUACUCAGGAACUUCUUGUCAAACUCAGACUACCUUGUGUUCCACAUUGAACUGUGGCAGUGCAAUGUGCAAUGAGGAAAUAGGUUGUUACUGUCCAGAGGGGAAAGUCUUGGCUGAGAAUAAAGCUUGUAAAAGUCCGUCAAGCGAUUUUGAUAUGUUAUUUGAUAUCCAGAUGGGAGAUGAGGGGGCAUCUACUAAAGCUGUCUUACCCGAUGUCUCCAGUGAUUUGUCUUUCAUGUUGUGGGUUAGAUUCAGUAAAGAUCAAAAGGAAACUGAAGAUGCUCUGCUGUUAAAACUUGGGGAUUUCAUGGAAGUUAAGAACAACACCAUUGUAUUUAUGAAUGCAACGAAAACACACACUGUUGAUAUUGAGUACAACGGAGCUCCGAUUCAAAUGGAUGAUGGUGGCUGGCAUUUUAUUGUGGUGUCUUGGAAGCAGAAUGGAAACACUUUGAUCUUGGUGGAUAACAUACAAAUUUCUGAUGACAACUCUGUAACAAUCACACUUCCCAAAGUGUUGAAUGUGGAAGUUGGGAAAAAGUUUGGAGGAAGACUGUCACAAGUAAAGUUAUGGGCUAAUAGCUUACAGAGUAGUGACAUGUUCAAGCUUCACAAUAACAAGGACUAUGUGCCUGCUGGGUCCGUGGUCAUUUAUGGUUGGUACAACUACAAGAUGAGCAAAGGAGUAGUUAAGAAGAUCCCUUCACAAAUUCAGAAAGAUGUUUGUGAUGUUCCUGCUUGUUCACAGUCAGAUAAAAUCAAACCUAUGAUAAAAGGAUGUGCUUCAGACAGUGCCACAUACUCUCAAAGUAGAAUCUUUGAAUUCACACAGCCAAGAUUUGACUCCAUGUUUGAUGAUUUCAAUGACAGCUUGUCUUUAUCCUCACAUCCAAAAAGUAAUACCUUUACCUGGGGUGGUUACGACUUGUUAUUUGUCGCUUCUGAUAAUGAUGGAAAUACAGCCAUGUGCCACAACAAGCUGUAUGUUAAAUAUAAUACUGACUGCCCAGCUCCAAGAACAUCCUCCCCUUCGUCAAUUAAGUAUUGUACCUCAAGCAAAAAUAUUUGUGAAUUUAAAUGUACUGGUACCCAAGAGCUAUCUCGCCCUGCUCCAAAAUAUAAGCUGUGCUCUGAGCUGGGUGUGUACAAUCCGUUACAACCACAAGAGAAGUUUGUGUUGCCAUCUUGUGGAGACACAAAUGUGACUACAAUUCAAGUCGAUGUCUCCAUGAGGUAUUCUUUUGUGGUCUCUUGUUCAGAGACUUUUGAAUCAUCGAUGAGAAGUGCUCUACAGACAGAUUUCCAGACUUCAGUAUUAAAUGCUUGGAAUAAUGUGUGUACAACAUCUGCAUGCACCAAUGUGGAAAUCACCCCAGCCUGCGUUUCUGGCACCCAAGAGAUGAUUGUCACAAUGAAAAUUAAGAAUUUAAGAAAUGGAAUCACAAGGAAGCAAACUGGAUCUGACACCUACACACCAAAAGAAGUCUUCAGGGUCUUGAUAUUUGAAGAAACUGUAUUUAAAUCUGAGGAUAUUGGUGGAGCAAAGGUGCUCAAUAACCAAGUAGUUAUUACAGAUAUUAUCUCGUGUCCAGAUGGCUACAUGGUUAUAGGAGAUAGAUGUGUGGAGUGCAGCAAAGGAACAUUUUACAAUAGCACAAGUCAAAACUGUGAGUAUUGUCCCUUGGCAACUUACGGAAAUGCAGAUGGAUUAACUACAUGUACACCCUGCGGAUCUGGGAAAACUACUCUAGGAGUUGGUUACUAUGAUGGUGCAGAUUGUGUGGAUGAUUGCCCAGUGGGACAGUUUUGGAAAAGUACAUUGUCACAAUGUGCACUAUGUCAGAAACACUUUUAUCAACACAUGACUGGACAGGACUACUGCCUGCCAUGUCCUCUAGGCAAAAAAACAAGUGGAACAGGCUCCAAUAGCUCCUCACAGUGUUACGAUGAUUGCAAAGAGGGAACGGAGCUGAAACCAGAUGGAAAUUGUGUGCCCUGUCAGCGUGGAUACUUUCGCAGUUUUCUGGAGGAUGUUUGCACUCUUUGUCCAGCAGGAAAGACGACUGCUAAGGAGGGGGGUGCUGCAAGUUCAUCACAAUGUGAUAUCACAAUCUGUUACAAUGGAACAUAUCGUAAUUCAUCAAACGUAUGUGUUCCAUGCCCUGUUGGAGAAUAUCAGUCAAUGGAUCUCCAAGAUAGCUGUCAACAAUGCAAAACAAACUAUACAACAGAGUCUGUUGGAAAAAACAACAUCACAGAUUGUAAAUUUUAUUGUCCAAAGGGAUAUGACAUCUUGGAUGCAGCUAAUGAGACUUGUCAGUCAUGUGAAAGAGGAUAUUAUAAGGACAAUAUGAAUGUGUUCAGUACAUGUAUGCAGUGUCCUCCUGGCAACACAACAGAAGGAAUGAAAGCCACCAGCAGUGAUAACUGUUCUAUCAGUAUAUGUAGCAGUGGUCAAGAAUUAGAUCAGUUUGGUGCUUGUGUUGAUUGUGAAUUGGAUCAGUACCAGAAAAUAGAUAAACCAACAUCAACAGACAAGUGUGUGAUGUGUGAAGCAUCCCAAGGCACAAAGCAGAAAAUGUCCAACAGCUCAUCGGAUUGUCUUCCUAUGUGCUCAGAAGGAAAUUUUCAUAAUGCAACAUCAAAUGCCUGUGAGCUAUGUCCAAAAGGAACAUGGAACAAUGGAAAUUUCACCAUGAAGUUUGAGAGCUGUGUUGCCUGCCCAGUCAACAUGACCACCACUGGUCCUGGAAUGAUAUCUGCAGAUAACUGUACUCUGUUGGACUGUAGCCCUGGAUCAUACAUCAGUGACAUGGAUUGUCUCCCUUGUGACUUUGGAACCUAUCAGCCAGAUCGCCACCAAACAUCCUGUAUUGAUUGUGGAACUAAUCUAAAUACCAGUGCAGUAGGAGCCACAAGUCAGACAGAUUGCCAGAUUUUCUGUCCCGCUGGUUUUGAAGGACAAGAUAACUGUACUAACUGUCAGACAGGAUUUGUCAAAAAUACAGCAGGAAUCAGCAAAUGUUUGGAAUGUACUGGCAACUAUACAUCAAAUAAGGAGCACACAAUUUGUGAUGAAUUGUUUUGUGACAAGGGUUUCUACAUAAACACUCAUCAAAACAUGUGUAUGCCUUGCGAUAUUGGAUAUUACAAGAAAGACAGAGGAAACACCGCCUGCUCUAGAUGUCCAGAGGGAUUUUUAACAAUGGAUAUGGCUUCUACAGCUAAAGUGGACUGCAGUGAACCUCACUGUGUUCCUGGCAAGUACUUAAAUUCCACGGGUGCCUGUAUUCCAUGUAUGUUAGGUUUUUACAAGAGUAAGACAGGAAACGAUAACUGUACAGCUUGCAGUUCUAAUUCCACUACUCCAUCCAUGGGAUCCAUUUCAGCCUUAAACUGUUCCAAAGUGGUGUGUGAGGCAGGUGAGAAGAGAAUUGGCAGUAAUAACACAUGCAUGAAGUGUCCUUUGGGAUACUAUCAGCCAGAACGAGGACAAAGUGAUUGUAUUCAGUGUCUAACAGAUCAGACCACAGAACAAGAGGGCAGAAUAAACCAGGCAGACUGCAUCCCCAUUUGCCAAGUAGGAGAGGAAUAUGAAUCUUCUACAAAAACUUGCAAGCAAUGUGCCCUAGGGUAUUACAAGUCCGAGGUUGGUAACAGUAUGUCUUGCUCUUCGUGUCCUACUGGGAGAACAACACCCAACACUGGCUCCAUCUCUAACAGUAAUUGCACUGUUUCUGACUGUUCCAAAGGGGAAUUCCGAUCCUCCGUUAGCUCAGGGUGUGAACCAUGUGCAGUUGGAACAUACCAGGAUGAAAACUCCCAGACGUCCUGUAAGACGUGUCCCUCAUCCAGAAGUAUCACAGAAUCCACUGGGGCAACUUCUGAGAGUUUCUGUAUUGGAUUAUGUCCUGAUGGAAAGGAGUAUAAUAGGACUGGUAAAGGAUGUAGCGAUUGUCCCAAAGACUUCUACACCAACAAAACUAUCUCCCAGUUCUGUAUUAAAUGUGCUACAGGAUACAUCACUUAUGGGGCUGGGUCUUCACAGUGUGUCAGGAAUACAGGUUCUGUGACUGAACCUCCUACUCCUGAAAGAAAGACGUAUGUAUUCAGCCUUACAUACAGAGCCACAGUGGAUUGUGGUGAUACCAGUGUCCUGAAUGCUUUGUUGACGAACAUAAAGACAAAGAUAAUAAAUCGGCUUAAACAAUUGGCCAAUGUCUUUGCAAAUCUUUGCAAUAACUCAAAUACUGAUGCAUGUUUUGGAUCAAUAAAAAUAACACUUAAAGCAAAUGGAUGUAAUGCAGCACGCCGUAAAAAGAGAGCUGUGGAGUCCUCUGAUGUAAAUGUUCAGAUGGAAAUUCCAAAUUUAAGCCCAACAGUGACAGAUACUAAUCAGCCGUCAAAGGUUUUACAGACAGAAUCCAUGCUUCAGACGGAUUUAGAAACCCAGAAAGCAGAAUAUUCACCACCGAGCACAGAAUUAACAACAUCUGAUUUUGCUGGGACAGUUGUAACAUGUACAGAGGGAUCUAUAUCCAUUAACAACAAUCAAAAUUGUGAGAUGUGUAAAAUGGGAGCAUAUCAUGAUAUUGCCAGCAAUACAUGUAAAAAUUGCUCCAGAAACUUCUAUCAAGACCAGGCAGGACAGACUAGCUGUAAAGCAUGCCCAGCCUCUGUGAAUAUGUACACUUUGUCAGAGGGUUCAACAUCACAGACCCAGUGUGUGUCUGUGUGUAGUACAAACCCAAACUACUGUAUGAAUGGAGGGACAUGCAACUCUAAUACACUGAAUGUCUGGUGCAGCUGUAACGAACCGUAUUCAGGUCCCAAAUGUGCAGACAGAACAGAACAAACAUCAGACUCGCCUUACAUCAUUGGAGGAGCUGUAGGAGGGGUAGCUGCUGUAAUGAUGAUAGCCCUCAUCAUUGUAGGCAUUAUCAAAUGUCUUAGAAGGUCCAAAGACUCUACGCCUAAAUAUGAAAAAGAAGAACUGGACUACAAUGGUUAUAACUACAAUGUGCCUUUACAAAUGUACGACAACAGCUCUAAGAGAGGGUUUGUGCCUGAAUACGCACAUAUGAACGCAGCAUACAGGUACGAUGAACGAUUGAACGACUCCUUCUCCCGCGGAAGGCUCUCGCAUGGUGAUGAUAGCAGUUCAUAUCGAUGGCAGGAGGCUCGUGGAGAUUAUGAUCUUUGACAUCUUUUCAUCAUGAUCUGACUGCAAAUUUAUUUUUUGAUACAAUGUAUAUUCAUCAUGAUUAAUCAAGUAGUUUAAAACUGCAUAUAAAAACUACAUGUUUCCAUAGUUUAUUUCCAAGUGUGAAUGUUUUACAUGGCAAAAGUGAUUUUCUUUACCAUUGAUAGAAUUCAGUCUUCGUAAAUUAUUGAUGAAUCACUGCUGAUUUUCUCCCCAGUAGUUUAUUUUUUAUUAAUGUUUUUUUUUUUUAAGCUUGUGGUGUUUAAAGUAUAUUUUACAUCUUUUUCAUUAUAAUACAGUAUAGAUAUAUAUUGGGGAGUUUUGUGUGUGCAAUAUAUAGAAUCAAAUGUUAAUCUUGAAAUCAAAAAAAUGUCAUAUUUUUUCUUUAUUUUACAAAUUGACAUCCCUUUGCAGUGUUCAACAACUUAUUCAUUUAUAUUCUCAGAACUUCGCUUAUGACUUUAUCAUAUACUCUUUAUUUACAAUUAUCAUUUGACAUCGUAGCGAACAGUGUGACCUCUGAAUUCCUAUUUAACAAUCAAAUUUUGAAACGAAGCACACAUUUUGUUCCAAGUAUUGACUGUAUCUUUGAAAAUUCCAUGGCCAUCAUACUAUAUUGGAAAUUCAAGCUGUCAAAAAGUAUUUUAUUAGAAAGGAGGAAAAAGGUUUUAAACUGAAACUAAAUUAUAUUAUCUAAGGUUAAUUAACUGAAGUAAUUGACAGUAUUUAGAGGCCAUAGUUGUAUAUACAUGUACAUGUAUAUUUCUCAUCACUAAGCAGCCUUAUCUAAUAAGUGUGUCAUGUGAUGUCUUCAUUCAAUUUAUAUCCCCUGUAAUCUGCAGUUAUAAAAUUGUGGUAUGCUUGAAGGUGCCAUUAUUACUGUAUUGUUUUUGUUUUAUAGGUGUGAUGAUUUUAUAUUACUGGUAUAUAUAUUCAGAAAUAGACUAUUUCAAAUAUGCAAUUACGUAAUUUGUAUUCUUUUCCAUUGUAUAAAGCGAUUAUAUUUGAAAUAUACAAAAUAAACGCAAAAGGCAUGGGUUGCUUUUUAUAUGAAUUACA